UUUCAUCGAGUUCGGCAGAUAGUAGCUCGCCGCCUGGUAAUGCGACUAAUUCUGGCGCGACGGCGAAGGCAAACCAAGUAGACCAAGGGCUUGAUAUUAAUGCGCAUACUAAAAAGAAGGUAGAACCAGUGCCCUCGCCGUCUCCGGUUGGUGCAUCUGGUGGGUCUUCUUCCUGCACCGCAGGCAAACGCCUUGCUGAAGUGAAUGCAUCGAUUCGAGAUGGGACUUUGGAGAUCUUUGUGAAGGAGCAGGAGUCCAGUAGUACAGUUGAAAUAGCACACGCUG